CUGGAUCCCCAGAAAUCCACUCUGUCAGCUGCUGCAGUUGCUACCAUUCUUAGGACCCUCACCAUGAAAGGCCUUCUGCUGCUCACCUUGUCGUCUUUGUUCUGCUGGAUCUCAGGUGACAUUCACUGUCACUCCUGCUACAAGGUCCCUGUGCUGGGCUGUGUGGACCGGAAGUCCUGCCGACUGGAAUCAGGACACAGAUGCCUGACAACAAAUGUGUACCUUGGCAAGAUGUGGGUUUUCUCCAACCUUCGCUGUGGCACACGUGCACAGCCCUGUGAGGAGUCCUCCAACCAAACCAUCCACAAGCUGGGCCUGACCUAUAACACCACCUGCUGCAGUGAGGACAACUGCAAUAGCCCAGCCCCUCGGCCCACCCCGGGCCUGGCCCUGGUCCUCCUCACCUCCUUGGCUGGCCUUGGCCUCUGGUUGCUGCAAUGAUACCCCUUCCAUGGUGUCCCUGCCCCCCACCCGGCCUUCGCCUAAGCCUCUCUCCCUGUGUGUCUGUAUCCCCUGGCUUCCCACAAUGGUCUCUUCCUAGUUCCCUUUGCUCAGAAAAACAUUUCUUCAGACCUUCACAUUUCUUUAAUCAUACAGUGGUCUCCAUCUCCAUCAUUCCAAACCGCAUACCCUCCUCUCUGCUUUUCCCUUCCCCUUUCCCUCUGGACCACUCCAGAUCCUCCACUGGCCCCUAGAAGGGCUUCCCACUUUGUCUCCUGCACUCUACCAUGCCCUGCUCAGGGAGGGAUUGGAGUCUGGGCCUGAGAUGGGGCUUCUGUCCUGUCCCCGGUGAAGGUCCGAGGAAAGACCUGAUGACCUCACUGUAUGAGGCUGAUUUCCCAAACCCUGGCUGCCGUACGACCCGUUCUCCUGCUCACCUCUUUCCAUUUUAAGUAAUAAA